AUGACACUUGUAAAAGUUUUAUUCUGUUUUAUCGGAAUAUAUUCAUGUUUCCUUACAUGGGGAAUUUUACAAGAACGAGUUUCAACCACACCAUAUGGAGAUAAAGAAACAAACCAACAAAAAUUUAAAUAUUUCAUAUUUCUUAAUAUGAUUCAAUCAUUUAUGGCAUCGAUCACAGCAUUCAUUUAUAUAAAAAUUUCGCAACAAAAUUUUGAAAUGAUUAAUAAAUCAUUAAUAAAAAAAUUUUUACAAAUAGCAUUACUUGGAGCAAUAGCACCAACAUUUGGAUAUGAAAGUUUAAAACAUAUUGAUUAUCCAACUUUAACACUUGUAGUAAUAUUAGUUACACUUGGAGUAUCAAGUUUUAUGUUACUUCAACCAACAUCGGAAAAAAAGAAAGCAGUUGAACCUAGUUCAUUAUAUGGUAUAAUAUUACUUUCAAUUAAUUUACUUAUUGAUGGAGUCGUUUGUUCUACACAAGAUCAAAUAUUUCCAAAAUAUAAAAUUAAAGGUCAACAUAUGAUGUUUUUUAUGAAUUUAUUUAGUGGAAUAUUAAUGUUUUUUUGGUUGAUAACUCCUUGGAAUCAAGAACUUUUUAAUGCAAUAACAUUUUGUAAUAAUUAUCCUAAUAUUAUUAAGGAUAUUUUAUUAUUUUCUUUAUGUGGAGCUUUAGUAUUUUUAUUUGAUCAUAAUUUAAAUAUUGGACAAUGGUUAUCAGUUGGUUUGGUAUUUUUUGGAAUUGGAAUAGAAGUAUACGCGAAACAAAAAGGUAGUAAAAAAGUAUCAGAGAAAUAUGAUAAAUCAAUUCAAGAAGAAAAUCGUGAAUUGGAAAAAUUAAUAGAUGAGAAAACUAAAAGAAAACAAGUUAAUGGAGUUAUCGAUAAGAUCACGAAGGAUAAGACUUUGUAG